GACAAGGACGGCUUUCCUAAGAUGGACCCAUUCGAAUUUGAUUAUAAAUAUUAUGAUUUUUAUUUACCAAACAAACUGUUAAGCCUACACGCUGCUUUUACAAACGGCGUAGUAACUGGUUUAAGCCAUUUUGAGGUGCUACACACACAGUUUAUUAAGAAUGAAGUUGCUAUUGAUUUUUGCAUUAAUUUUCCACUUGUGUCCUUUCAUUCAGAAAACUACGAAAUUAAUGGAGACAUUUACGAGAUUAUACCAUUACUUGGAAAAGGAAAUUUUGAGUUCGAAAUACAUAACCUCACACUAUCUGGAAAAAUGUUCUUAAAAAAGUCAGACGAUGAAAGAUCUAUUUUGAUCGAAAAUAUUUUUUAUCCUAGAUUCAGUAUUCGAGAAAUUGUUUCUCGUGUGGAGUUCGACAAGAACAUAGACGAUAUAGCAAAUUUAAUUGUGAAAGAUCUUCUAGCACAAUAUCUUACUCGAUUUAAUCAAUUCAUUGCUAAAAACUACAUCCAAGUUUUCAUUGAUGUCAUUAACCCAUUUCUUAGGAUCUUUGACUCUUGGCGACUAUUGGCAUCUGUACUUUAUGAUUAAGAUGAAUAAAUAAGUUAAUUAAA